AUGGAAGAACUUAAGCUCUUCAACAUAUUUAACCACUGCUUUAUUUCACCGAUUCACCUACAUUUGGACGCAAAAACCAACCGAUAUGAUAUCCGGGUCAGAAAUCUCUACCUAAAUGCAAUUAUCCUGAUGACAUUCAUUGUCGUCAGUGCCGUUUCAUCGAUGAAACUCGUGCUGGAGGUCUUCUCCCAUCGUACAGCAAGCGUUAUCGCGGCGACAACGUUCAUUCUCUACACGAUGCAGCUGCUUUUCUCGGUGCCGCUUGUGCUGUGGACGUUGGUGUACAACGAAGAACUAAAGCAAAUUUGCCAACAUGCGCUGACCAUUGUCGGCGCUAUGAACAGUCAAACAGUCGGUAAAACAACGUUUCGAAGGACCGCAACACUUUGGUUGUUGGCAGAACUCAGCAUAAUCGUUCUAGUGCUGCUUGUUGGAGUUUCACUGCAGAGUUACGCAAUGUGGCAGAUUUUCGACUUGCGAAGGACUCGUUUUGUGAUUAACUUGGCCGUUUUUGCAUUUCAAGAAUUCGUCACCAUGCUCCAUCUGAUGCAUGCGCAAUGUUGGGUUAUGUUUCUUAGCCACCAUUAUGGUGUCCUCGUUUGGUUGGCAAAAAAUAGUUACGGUUGCGAAAAAUUACUACCACUGCUCGUAUUCACUGAAAGCCUGGAAGCCCUGAAACAACGAAUCAUAUCCACCUUCGGAGUGUUGAAUGUGCUGCUUGUGCUGGACGUAUUUGUGACGUGUUCCGCGGUCACAUAUGCAAUAUUCUACAUAUUUGAUGUGCAUUUUGGGCUUACCGGCGGGAGCUUAAAUGUCCCCACAUUGUUUUUAUACUCCACAUUCUUCUACGUGUUCGCCAAAGCUCACGACCUCGUGGGGGUGAAGGAAGCAGAGCUCAAAAGCACCCUGAAAUCAAUGCAAUAUGCAAAUCUCAAGCAACAAUCGAGAGAUCAAAAGGAUUUUUAUGACUUGGUGAACAUAAAGCUGAUGAUGGAGUCUCCCAAAAUAACUGCUUGCGGGCUUUUCGAGAUUAAUCUUCAAAUAUUCUAUAACGUAUUUGCUGCCAUCAUAACGUACAUUGUGAUUUUGUUCCAAUUUCGAGGGUUUGAAAAAUCAUAG